CCGCCCUCCCGCCGCCGCCAGCCGCCAGCCGGGCCCGUCCGCAUGGCGCUCCGCAGCUUCUGCAGCGCCGAUGGCUCCGACCCCUUCUGGGACUGGAACAUCACGUGGUACAACAGCAACCCCGACUUCACCAAGUGCUUCCAGAACACGGCGCUGGCCUGGGCGCCCUGCGCCUGCCUCUGGCUCUGCUUCCCCCUCUACUUCCUCUACCUGACCCGCCAUGGCCGCGGCUACAUCCAGAUGACGCGCCUCAACAAAGCCAAGACCGCCUUGGGGUUCCUGCUCUGGGUCGUGUGCUGGGCAGACCUCUUCUACACUUUCUGGGAAAGAAGUCAGGGCACGCCGCUGGCGCCGGUGCUGCUGGUCAGCCCCACGCUGCUGGGCAUCACCAUGCUGCUCGCCACCUUCCUCAUCCAGCUGGAGCGGAGGAAGGGGGUGCAGUCGUCGGGGAUCAUGCUCACGUUCUGGCUCGUCGCCCUCCUGUGCGCCCUGGUCAUCUUGAGAUCCAAGAUCAUGGCCGCCUUACGGGAGGGCGCGCCGGUGGACACGUUCCGCGACGCCACGUUCUACGUGUACUUCACCCUCGUGCUCGCGCAGCUCGCGCUCGCCUGCUUCUCCGACCGCGCGCCCCUCUUCUCCGAGACCAUCCACGACCCGAACCCGUGCCCGGAGUCCGGCGCCUCUUUCCUGUCCAGGAUCACGUUCUGGUGGAUCACCGGGCUGAUGGUGCGGGGGUACCGCCGGCCCCUGGAGGCCAGCGACCUCUGGUCCUUGAACAAGGAGGACACGUCGGAGCAGGUGGUGCCCGUGCUGGUGAGGAACUGGAAGAAGGAGUGUGCCAAGUCCUGCAGGCAGCCGGUGCGCAUCCAGUACUCCAGCAAGGAGCCCCCCAAGCCCCAAGGGGGCGCCCCGGCGGACGCAAGCGAGGAGGCGGAGGCGCUGCUCCUCAAGGCCCCCCAGAAGGAGCGCGACCCCUCCCUCUUCCGCGUGCUCUACAAGACCUUCGGGCCCCACUUCCUCAUGAGCUUCCUGUUCAAGGCCCUCCACGACCUCAUGAUGUUCACCGGCCCCGAGAUCCUCAAGUGGCUCAUCGCCUUCAUAAACGACCCACGGGCCCCCGACUGGCAGGGCUACUUCUAUACGGCGCUGCUGUUCGUCAGCGCCUGCCUGCAGACGCUGCUGCUGCACCAGUACUUCCACAUCUGCUUUGUCAGCGGCAUGCGCAUCAAGACCGCCGUCAUCGGGGCCGUGUACCGCAAGGCCCUAGUGAUCACCAAUGCCGCCCGGAAGUCGUCCACCGUGGGAGAGAUCGUGAACCUCAUGUCGGUGGACGCCCAGCGCUUCAUGGACCUGGCCACGUACAUUAACAUGGUGUGGUCGGCCCCGCUGCAGGUCGCCCUGGCGCUCUAUCUCUUGUGGCUGAACCUGGGCCCCUCCGUCCUAGCGGGCGUGGCCGUCAUGAUCCUCAUGGUGCCUUUCAACGCGGUGAUGGCCAUGAAGACCAAGACCUACCAGGUGGCGCACAUGAAGAGCAAAGACAGCCGCAUCAAGCUGAUGAACGAGGUCCUGAACGGCAUCAAGGUGCUGAAGCUGUACGCCUGGGAGCUGGCGUUCCGGGACAAGGUCAUGGCCAUCCGGCAGGAGGAGCUGAAGGUGCUCAAGAAAUCCGCCUACCUGGCGGCCGUGGGCACCUUCACCUGGGUCUGCACCCCCUUCCUGGUGGCCCUGUCCACCUUCGCCGUGUACGUGAUGGUGGACGAGAAGAACAUUCUGGACGCGCAGCGGGCCUUCGUGUCCCUGGCCCUGUUCAACAUCCUCCGCUUCCCUCUCAACAUCCUCCCCAUGGUCAUCAGCAGCAUCGUGCAGGCCAGCGUCUCCCUCAAGCGGCUGAGGGUCUUCCUGUCCCACGAGGAGCUGGAGCCCCAUAGCAUCGAGCGGAGGCCCAUGAAGGACGACGGCGGGGACACGCACAGCAUCACCUUGAAGAACGCCACGUUCACGUGGGCCAGGGGCGAAACUCCCUCCCUGAACGGAAUCUCCUUCUCCGUCCCCGAAGGUGCCCUGGUGGCCGUGGUGGGCCAGGUGGGCUGCGGGAAGUCGUCCCUGCUCUCGGCCCUCCUGGCGGAGAUGGACAAGGUGGAGGGGCACGUGGCUCUGAAGGGCUCCGUGGCCUACGUGCCCCAGCAGGCCUGGAUCCAGAAUGACUCCCUCCGGGAGAACAUCGUGUUCGGCCGGCCCCUGCGGGAGCGGCACUACCGGGCUGUGCUGGAGGCCUGCGCCCUCCUCCCCGACCUGGAGAUCCUCCCCAGCGGGGACCGCACCGAGAUCGGCGAGAAGGGCGUGAACCUGUCUGGGGGCCAGAAGCAGCGGGUGAGCCUGGCCCGCGCCGUGUACUGCGACGCCGACGUCUACCUCCUGGACGACCCGCUGUCGGCCGUGGACGCGCACGUGGGCAAGCACAUCUUUGAGCACGUGGUCGGCCCCAAGGGCUUGCUGAAGAACAAGACGCGGCUGCUGGUGACGCACGGCCUCAGCUACCUGCCGCAGGCCGACAUCGUCGUGGUCAUGAGCGGCGGCAAGGUCUCGGAGAUGGGCUCCUACCAGGAGCUGCUGGCCCGGGACGGCGCCUUCGCCGAGUUCCUGCGCGCCUACGCCGCCUCCGAGCAGGACGAGGGCGGCGGCGGAGCGGAGGAGGCGGCGGGAGGUCAGUGGCACGGCUGCGCACCGGUGCUUGUAGACUCCAGGCGGCCCGGCCCAGGGCCCCUCGGCCCUGGCGGUCAGCGGAAGGAGGCCAAGCCAGUGGAGAACGGCAUGCUGGUGUCAGACAACAUGGGGAAGCUGCAGAGGCAGCUGAGCAGCAGCUCCUCAUACAGCGGGGACGCCAGCAAGCACCACGCCAGCACCGCCGAGCUGCAGGAGGCCGGCAGCAAGGAGGAGGCCUGGAGGCUGAUGGAGACCGACAAGGCGCAGACCGGCCAGGUGAAGCUCACCGUGUACUGGGAGUACAUGAAGGCCAUCGGCCUCUUCAUCUCCUUCCUGAGCAUCUUCCUGUUCCUGUGUAACCACGUCUCCGCCCUGGCCUCCAACUACUGGCUCAGCCUCUGGACGGACGACCCUAUUGUCAACGGGACCCAGGGGCACACCAAGCUCCGGCUGGGCGUCUACGGAGCCCUGGGCAUUUUACAAGGAAUCGCCGUGUUCGGCUACUCCAUGACGGUGUCCAUCGGGGGCAUCCUGGCCUCCCGCCGCCUGCACCUGGACCUGCUGCACAACGUCCUCCGCUCGCCCAUGAGCUUCUUCGAGCGCACGCCCAGCGGGAACCUGGUGAACCGCUUCUCCAAGGAGCUGGACACGGUGGACUCCAUGAUCCCGCAGGUCAUCAAGAUGUACAUGGGCUCCCUCUUCAACGUGGUGGGCGCCUGCGUCAUCAUCCUGCUGGCCACGCCCAUCGCCGCCGUCAUCAUCCCGCCCCUGGGCCUCGUCUACUUCUUCGUGCAGAGGUUCUACGUGGCCUCCUCCCGGCAGCUCAAGCGCCUCGAGUCGGUCAGCCGCUCCCCCGUCUACUCGCACUUCAACGAGACCCUGCUGGGGGUCAGCGUCAUCCGCGCCUUUGAGGACCAGGAGCGCUUCGUGCGCCAGAGCGACCUGAAGGUGGACGAGAACCAGAAGGCCUACUACCCCAGCAUCGUGGCCAACCGGUGGCUGGCCGUGCGGCUGGAGUAUGUCGGCAACUGCAUCGUCCUGUUUGCCGCCCUGUUCUCGGUCAUCUCCAGAAACAGCCUCAGCGCCGUGGGCCGACAGGGCCUCAGCGCCGGCCUGGUAGGCCUCUCCGUGUCCUACUCCCUGCAGGUCACAACGUACCUCAACUGGCUGGUCCGGAUGUCCUCCGAGAUGGAAACCAACAUCGUGGCCGUGGAGAGGCUCAAGGAGUACUCAGAAACCGAGAAGGAGGCUCCCUGGCAGAUCAGGGAGACGGCUCCGCCCAGCAACUGGCCCCAGGAGGGCCGGGUGGAAUUCCGAGACUACUGCCUGCGCUACCGAGACGACCUGGACAUGGUUCUCAAGCACAUCAACGUCACCAUCAACGGCGGAGAAAAGGUUGGCAUCGUGGGCCGGACAGGAGCUGGGAAGUCAUCUCUGACCCUGGGCCUGUUUCGGAUCAAUGAGUCCGCAGAAGGAGAGAUCAUCAUCGAUGGCGUCAACAUUGCCAAGAUCGGCCUGCACAACCUGCGCUUCAAGAUCACCAUCAUCCCGCAGGACCCCGUUUUGUUCUCGGGCUCGCUGCGCAUGAACCUAGACCCGUUCAGCCAGUACUCGGACGAGGACGUCUGGACGGCGCUGGAGCUGGCUCACCUAAAGGGCUUCGUCUCGACCCUACCUGACAGGCUGGAACACGAGUGUGCAGAAGGCGGGGAGAACCUCAGCGUGGGGCAGCGGCAGCUCGUGUGCCUGGCCCGCGCCCUGCUGAGGAAGACGAAGAUCCUGGUGCUGGACGAGGCCACCGCCGCCGUGGACCUGGAGACGGACGACCUCAUCCAGUCCACCAUCCGGACGCAGUUCCACGACUGCACGGUGCUCACCAUCGCCCACCGGCUCAACACCAUCAUGGACUACACCAGGGUGAUUGUCCUGGACAAGGGCGAGAUCUGCGAGUGUGGUUCGCCAUCCCAGCUCCUGCAGGACAGGGGGCUCUUCUACAGCAUGGCCAAAGACGCCGGCCUGGUGUGAGGCCCGCAGCCGGUGCCCGACCAGAACUGCAAGGCCCACGGGCCCGCACCCCGGGACGAGCCGGCACCCUGGGGAGCCCCGGCCUCCCACACAGAAACCAAAAACGAAGAAAGAAAACCAACCGCACCCCCACCCACCACCCCCAGCGCCAAAACACAGCAAGCAGCAGCCGCUGCCCGGCCCUGCUUAGAGGCAGAGAUGCCUCCCACCCCAAACGUGUGUGUGCCCUGGUCUCUGGCGCCCCACAAGACGCGCACCCCACAAGACGCGCACCUCAGAUUGCAGGCCUGGCUCCCACGGAGGGGGCUGCGGCACCCACAGUCGCCUUCUCGAGAAAUUGGUUGUGUGAAACACGCUAGUGACCAAAUCCAGCCAACUGCCUUGCACCUCUCCACGGCCACAUGGCUUUCCCGCAGCCUCCUGUCACCUCCAGUGUCCUGACGCCUGGCGGACGCCACGCUCCGCCCCCUCGGGGCCCCGGACUGUCCUGGCGACCACCUCUCGACCACCUCUCGUCUUCCAGCUGCUCCGGGGCCUGGGGGCGGAGGCAGCGCCCAGCAUCGUCUCCGAUGGGAUUUGCAUCAGUGGCGAGAGGCACCCCCCCCCCCGGAGUGAGGGGGGGCUCAGGCACCCCCAGAGCUCAUCCUCGAAACCCACCCUCCCCCAGCUCGCCCUCCCCCGCCUUCCUCCCGCCCCUGCCGCUUGGAUGGGAUGGGCCUCUCACAAGGUCUGCCGACGCACAUCCAAGGUCACAACUGGACACCUCCAAGGUCAACAGCACGGACCGCCGCUGGAUACCAAAAAGCCCGAGUCCCUCGUUCUCAGAGCUCAGUUUCUCCCCUGGACACCCGGCCGGCCGCCUCCGGCUCCCCCAGCCCCUCACUAAGUGCUGCUCCAGGGAGAAAGCCAGCGUGGAGAGCUGCCUUUCCAAGAGGGGUGCGCGGGGGACAGCGCCCCAAGGCCUCCGCCAGGCCUGGCUUUGCACUAGACCUUUGGCUCGUGUGUGGUCUUUCCAGGCGGGUCUGUGGGGGGAGGUCUCAGUGACACCCCCAAAGCAGCGAGGCCCCACAGCUGCCCGGGACUCGCGCCCGCUGUGAGUUCUGCUGCCGACUUUUUUCUUUUAAGUGGAAAUGUAUAUUUAUUUUUUUUGUAAGUUAAGCCAUUCUUUCACGUUCGAGAACCCAGGUUUUCCUUGGGCCUCUUUUUGUAAUGACUUAACACUGGAAACGUGAACACUUGCAAGUAAUUUUCAGUAAAACAAAAUAUUUUA